UGUCAGCAUGCGGAGCUGAGCAGGGAUGGAGGCGCGGAGCUGCGGAGUCCGACACAUGAACGCUCUGAGUCUGCUGCUGGUGUGCGUGUGCCCGCUGUGCUGCAGGGGCAGCUGGAUGUGGCUCGGUGUGACGUCACCGGGGGUGGUGGAGAAGCUCGGGUGUUCCAACCUGUCUCUGAGCCCCCGGCAGCGCGAGCUGUGCAGCAGGAAGUCCAUCCUGCUGCCGGGAGUCCGGGAGGCCGCGCGCCUCGGGGUGGCCGAGUGUCAGAGACAGUUCAGGCACGAGCGCUGGAACUGCUCCACCAAUCAGGAGGUGCCCGUGUUCGGGCACGAGCUCACGAGCGGAACCAAAGAGACAGCGUUCAUCUAUGCGGUGAUGGCAGCAGGGCUCGUCCAUGCCGUCACGCGCUCCUGCAGCCAGGGCAACAUGACGGAGUGCGGCUGCGAUGCUCGGCUGCGGGGCGGCGGCUCAGCAGCAGAGGGCUGGCACUGGGGCGGCUGCUCAGAUCACAUCCAGUACGGGACGUGGUUCAGCCGCAAGUUCAUGGACCACACCGUGAAGAACAUGUCGAUGAGCCACAGCAGCUACACGCUGAACACCAUGAACCAGCACAACAGCGAGGCCGGGCGACAGGCGAUCAACAGGACAAUGUCCACAGACUGUCGUUGUCACGGUGUUUCUGGCUCCUGCGCGGUGAAGACAUGCUGGAGGACGAUGGCGCCGUUUGAGCGGGUCGGGACGUAUCUGAAGGACAGAUACGAGCACAGCAUGCAGGUGACUGAGCGAUCCAAGAGGAAGAUGAAGUGGAAGGACCAGCGGCGUCUCCAUGUAGACAAACACCAGCUCAUCUUCCUCAACAAGUCUCCAAACUACUGUCUGGAGGACAGGCGGCGGGGCAUCGCGGGCACCAGAGGGCGCCGGUGCAACCGGACGUCCACGGGGCCGGACGGCUGCAACCUGCUGUGCUGCGGCAGAGGAUACAACACACACGUGGUCAGACACGUCCAGCGCUGCGAAUGCAAGUUUGUGUGGUGCUGCUACGUCCACUGCAGGCGCUGCGAGAGCAUGAACGACAUGCACACCUGUAAGUAACACACCUGGAAACAGAAACAUGUGGAACACGUAGCUCACCUUCAUUCACCUCAGCAUGAUACCUGGUAACAGAAGAACACCUGGAAUAAAAGAAGGAUUUGUGGAAAGAGACAAAUUGGAAAUCUGGAUCUGAAAGAGUGUAAAUAUAGGAAGGACUGAACCUCUCAGGUGAAGACAGAUCCUCAGUACUUGGUUCAUUUACAGCAGCACAUGGCACAGCUUCACCUUCUCUCUUGAUAACAUCACCAUUAGAGUAAACCUGCAGAAAAGUCACAGAAGAAAAGGGUGAGCAGCUGCCUGAGGGCCGAGCAGUGAAGGUGAAGCCUUAAGUUUACCUGUCGAUGUGGCGAGGAGCUCAGAGCGGAGCUGCUGCUCCAUGUGGAAAGAUCCAGGUGAGCCACGUGACAGCCUGCAUGCCUCCUGUGUGAGCUGUUUCAUGUUCACCUGUGAGCAGCAGACCCAGGACAGGAUUUUACUGCCUAAACGUUUUAAUGUUUCAGACUGGACGGACUUCUCCAACGUGAUGUUUCUGAAGCAUUCAGAGUGCCACCAGGAGGAGGAUCAGUGCUGCUGCACACUCAAUCUGAAAAUCUGAAUGACUGAAGCACACCAGAUGGACUCCUGAUCAGUCUCACCAGUUCUGCAGCCCACAGACUGAUUUCAUAUUUUAAAAUAAAGAUAUUUAUGUGUAAAUAAUUUUUAAAAGUUGAUUAUUUGGUAUGGAAUCAUAUUUUUGUAAUUUCUGUCCAAAAAGAAUCAAACUGACAUCAGAAGGUGAAACGAUCCCGUAAAUGUGGACGUGAAGAGUUCUUUGUUCAGUUUCUGUUGGCAAACUUUAUUAACAAAAACAUGAAAACAACAGAACAAAAAGCUGUGAGUUUGUUUAAAGGUUCCGACACAA